AUGAUUAUUAUCAUUACCUGUACCAUUCCGGCUGGGCAGUUGCACCCUUGGAACGUGGCAAAAAGAAACGGAAACACACAGAAGAACAGAUACCGGAACAUCAUUGCCUAUGACCACUCUAGAGUCAAAUUGCCCCUCCUUGAUAAUGAUCCUCAUUCAGACUACAUCAAUGCGAACUUCAUUGACGGAUACAAUUAUUCCAGAAAGUACAUUGCUGCCCAAGGACCCAACGCGGCAUCGGUUCGGGAUUUCUGGCGAAUGGUAUGGGAGGAGGACUGUUGCAAGAUUGUCAUGCUGACCAACUUGGUAGAGAAUGAUAAGAAAAAGUGUGAAAAGUACUGGCCAGACAAAAAAAUGGUGUAUGGAAAAAUUACUGUUGCCCUAGAUAGUACUGAAGUAAACACACAUUACACGGUCAGGAAAUAUAAUCUAAAGUUUGAUGAUAACAUCCGUGAAGUUGUCCAAUACCACUAUACCUCAUGGCCUGACAUGGGUGUACCAAAGUAUACCACACCUCUCAUGAAAUUCAUCAAGUUAGUCAACCAACACCACACAAGUAGUUCAGGACCAAUCGUUGUUCAUUGCAGUACUGGUGGACGCACAGGAACCUUCAUCACACUAGAUGCAAUGUUGGAUCAGGCUGAGGCAGAGAAUGCCAUAGAUGUCUACAAUUUCAUCAUGAGCAUGAGGAAUAAUCGGAUUAAGAUGGUUCAAGUAGCAGAGCAAUAUCAGUUCAUCUAUAAAGCCUUGUUAGAAACCUUCGUCUGUGGUGAUACCAGCGUAGCUCAAGAGCUUUACCUCAAGCGAUACCCUUACCUCCUAACUCCUGAUCCUGUUAAAGGAUGUACUGUGCUACAAGAGCAGUUCCAAAUCCUUCAUUUGUUUAACACCAUUCCAAGAGAGGAUGAACAGAAGGAUGCCACCAACCCGUUGAAUGUCCCUAAGAACAGAUACAUUGACAAGAUACCAAUGGACAAACAUCGACCGUUUCUUAUUACAGAGGUGGAGGAUGGUAGCAACUAUAUAAACGCAUCUUUCCUUCCAGGAUACACCAAAAAGGACAUGUUCAUUGGUACUCAGACCCCUCUCCCAGAUACUGUUGUUGACUUCUGGCGAUUGAUCUUUGAUUACAAGAUUUCUACUAUUGUAAUGCUCAACGGUAUGGCCUCAGAGGAUCAGUCAAUGGCAAAAUACUGGCCAGACGCAUCUCAAAGUGAAGUCACAUACGGUCCUUUCAUGAUCACAUUCGUCAAUGAGAAACAUUAUGAUGGAUUAUCAUGUAGGUCUAUGGAACUCCAAAACACUUCAACCAAGUCUCUAGUUCACACUGUGUACCAACUCCAGCUUACGACAUGGCCGAUGGAAUCUGAAGUAUGUACUUCUGCAAUCUCUUUCAUGGAGCUUCAUCGUAGGGCAACGGCAUGGAAUGACACCAAUGCUGAGGAUGCGCCAAUCCUAGUUCAUUGCACGGAUGGUGAAGGGACUACAGGGACAUUCUGUGCUCUCUCGUCUGUCUUGGAGCGACUGAAGGUUGAGAAACUGAUUGACGUCUUUGAAGAAUGUAAGGCACUGAGGGCAAUUCGACCUGGCGCAGUUGCAACGUUGGCUCAAUAUAAGUUCAUCCAUAACGUUAUCAAACUAAGUGUGGAAUCUCGGGGCAUCUAUGAAAACUGUCGUGAAUGAAUCCGGACCUCAUUUAGACAUCAUCGUCGUCAACUCGUCGUCUUCAUCAAUAAUUGAAACAUUUCAGCAAAUUAAUGAAAAUAAAAAUAAACAAUUUAAUUUUAAACUUUUUCACAGAAUAUUGCCCAGUAAAGACAAUUUAUGCAAAUGGGGAAUUACGAAUGGUUAUUUAUGUCGUACUUGCGAUCGCAAAGAAACUAUAUGUCAUUUUUUUAUCGACAUGGAAAAAAAGUCAGGAUAUUUUGGAAAAUAGUUUCGUGUCUUAUUCGGAAUAGUUUUGACCUGAUAUUGAUAUAAAUGAAAAAACGAUUAUUAUUAUUAUAGGAUGUGAUAUAGGCAACCGAAAAACAAAACUCGUCAAUUUCAUCCUUACUUAUAGCCAAUAUAUUGUAUAUAAGAAUUAUGUCGAAGAAUGUAAUGAUGAAAAGAAGCAUGUGUUACAUGGAAACUAUCUAUUGAAAGAUUUGAAAGCAGAAAUAAGAUUCCAGAUAAGUUUGAAGUAUAAUCACAAAAGAUCUAAUGUAGAUGCGUUUUUACUUUGAGUGAAUACACUACUGGUCGUGGUUUUUUGGUCCGCUGUUGGAGCCGGAAAACAAUGGAUUCAGUCCACUGAAUAUAUUGUUCUCUGGUUCUCGACGGGUGACAGCAGGCCGAGGAAUUGUGACUGGUAGUGUAAGUAACAUAUUUUUACUGUAUUUGAUGUAUUUUUUUAAAUAAAAUAUUGUUGUGUGAUAUAUGAAUUUUGUUGAUGUAAAGACUUGUAUCUUUUGAUAUUUUUAUGGACAAUCAAGUACCUCAAUUCAGGAUAAAUAGAAAAAAAAAACAAUUGAAACAUGCAGGGUCACAGCAGAUAUUUUUCCUGCAAUUGUAAUAUUGGUGGACAAUAUCCUGUUGAGCUUUUGCUCUCAUGUUGUUUCCAAUAACAUGGGCAUAAUUCCUAUUUAUAGAGUAACGAAGCGAUCAGUUGCCAUGGUAUCACGGCGGCCUGGGGUGGUAUUCUGAGGUCAUUUUAUCUUUAAAAUAUUUA